AUGCUCCCGCCUUUCCCGCAAGAUGUGCCCACCUAUCCGCUCGCAGUUGUCGACUACGAGUGCCUUGUUGCCGGAGACGAGAAGGAAGUAGAUGAUCUUUGGAAAGCGGCGACCUCGUUAGGCGUUUGGUACAUGAAGAAUCACGGCACCGACCUUGAAGUCGACGGGAUGUUCGAGAUGGGGAAGAGAACGAUCAAUCUGCCUCUCGAAGAGAAGAUGAAGUUCGAGCGGGGUGACUCUGGAUUGUCACAUGGGUAUAAACCUGCGGGAGGCAAUGUGACCGAUGAAUACGGCAACAUGGACGCCAUUGAGUACCUCACUAUCGCAAAAGACGACGUACUCUCAUACCCGGCUGUCGCCCGCAAGUCCUAUCCCGGUACUGUUAAUGCCUGCAUGGAGGACGUCCUGAAACCGUUUGUCCUCAAGUCCACCGCCAUCAACGAGACGUUGCUGCGCAUCUUUGGCCAGAAGCUGGGUCUCCCGGACGGUACGCUGGAGAGCCAGCACAAGUUGGAAGCCCCAAGUGGCUCCGAGGCAAGGUGUACCAAGGUCGCAGCUCGUACAGAGCCCAGCCGCGUCGCGUUGGGAGGCCACACGGACUUUGGAUCUCUUACGAUUUUGCACAACCGGCUUGGGGGAUUACAGAUUCUCGCCCCCGGCACCGAUUCGUGGCAAUACGUGAAGCCGCUCCCUGGACAUGCCAUCUGCAACAUCGGCGAUGCCUUGACAAUGAUAAGCGGCGGUACUCUACCCUCCAUCAUGCAUCGUGUCGUAAGACCACCUCCAGGAGAGCAAAGCGGGCUCGAACGCUGGUCUCUCGUGUAUUUCACCCGCCCAGGCGACUCCGUUCCUCUGCGCGCCUUCGCUGAAGAGAGCCCGCUCAUCGCAGCCUCGGUGGCGAGGAUGUCGGAGUCCGACAAGGUGAAGUACGCAGGAUCGACUACGGCUCAGGAAUGGUUCAUCCGUCGAGCCAAGAACCAACGCGCCAAAAAUUACCUGGGCCCCGAAACCUGGAAAGCUAGUCGCGGUAUGGAACAUCGUCCAGAGAAAAGUUAA